ACCACAUUUCAGACGGGCCCGGAGCCUUAAACCCUUGACGAAAUUAAAACCCUCUCUCUCCCUACCACCACAAUUCAGGGGCAAUAACCGUCAUGGCGAAGUGGUGGCGCUCCGCCUCCGGUCACCUCCGAGUGGUGGCAAAUAGCAGUUGGGAGUCCUCGUUCUUAUCGAGAUUCCAGUAUGCUUCCUACCACACGAUCCAGGCUAUCCCGAGAGAGUGCACUGGUAGUCGAGUCUCUGCUAGAGACAGAUUCCAAGGUCGAAUUCCAGCCGUUGUUGAGUACCAGAAUCUUCUCGGUCAAAAUUCUGCCAUCCAAUCGGCGUCCAGGAAGCGCUUGCUUACCACAGAGAGGAAGCAGAUUAAGGCCAUGCUUAAUUCCGUGGACCUUCCUUUCUUUUAUUCCACCCGGUUUCCUCUCCAGAUCCGUGCUGGCUCUGGAUCUUCUCAUUUGCUUGAGUCUGGAACUGUUUUACCAAUUAAGAUUCAUAGGGACAAAGAGAGUGGGAAAAUUCUAAAUUUAGUGUUUGUUUGGGCUGAGGAUGGGCUGGACUUGAAGGUAGAUGUACCUGUAGUUUUUAAAGGCGAAGAUAUAUGUCCUGGAUUGCAGAAAGGUGGCUGUUUGAACAGGAUCCGAACUAGUCUUAAAUAUCUUUGUCCAUCUCAGCACAUCCCAUCAAAAAUUGAGGUGGAUGUGAGCAAUCUAGAUAUUGGGGACAGGGUGUUCAUGCAUGAUAUUGAGGUACAUCCAUCCUUGAAACUUCUGAGCAAGAAUGAGAACAUGCCUAUAUGUAAAAUAGUUCCCACAACCUGGGAAAACAAAGAACCUGCUCCUGCUGACGACCAGCUACAUUUGUAAGGAGAAACGCGAAGAGACAGAGAGAUUCAGUGUCCAAAUAAAUGGGGUACAUUGGAGCAGUGGUGAGCUCAAGCACCUGCACUUUACACCUGUUUGAUUUUUGGUUCUAAACGGGCAUUUCAUUGUUGGUAAAUAGGUGGCUGUUGAUGACCAAUAGAUUAUUGAUUUCUAUGUGCCCUCUUUGAACAACGGUUGUGUCAGGGACAUUUUCUAGUUCUUGGACAGUUAAACCCGAUUUGACCAUAUUAUAGUCAGAUAUAUUUGAAUCAAAGCUACCCUUUCAGUCUAGCCUUGUAGUCUUUAUCAUUUGCUCAAUGCUCAAUGCCAAAACCAAAGUGGAGUUUGGGAAGUUGUUUUAGGUACUGUCAUUAGUGUUCUUACAGGAGCGUUUCGAAUCGAACGGAGUUCCCCAUCCCAAGAAUGUCUUGUUUCCUGUGUGGUGAGUGGUGACUCUUUCUGUUGUGUUGAACCAGACUGGUAUGGGUCUACUUUUAGUAGGGUCUUGCAAACUAGUUCGGUAUAUUGUAACAAGUGUUUGAGGUUGCUUAUUUUAGCUUCAUUGUAGUUUA